AUGGCUUUGAAGCGAAUCAACAAGGAACUGACAGAUCUCGGCCGUGACCCUCCUUCAUCAUGCUCAGCUGGUCCUAUGGGAGAUGAUCUGUUCCACUGGCAAGCGACAAUCAUGGGCCCUAGUGACAGCCCGUUCCAAGGCGGUGUCUUCUUCCUGGCCAUCCACUUUCCCACAGACUACCCUUUCAAGCCACCGAAGGUCAACUUCACCACCCGAAUCUACCACCCCAAUAUCAACUCGAACGGCAGUAUCUGCUUGGACAUUCUACGAGACCAGUGGAGCCCGGCUCUGACGAUAUCGAAAGUCCUUCUCUCCAUCUGCUCCAUGCUCACCGACCCCAAUCCCGACGAUCCUCUCGUGCCGGAGAUCGCUCACGUUUACAAGACCGACCGCGCUCGAUACGAGGCAACAGCCAGAGAAUGGACGAGGAAGUUUGCAAUCUAG